AUGGCUGAUUCCGUGUCUCCACGGGAGUCUUCGAGCUUACCUAGCGGGUCUAUAACCCCCAUUGACUCGCCAACUGGCCCGGUACAAGACAUCGCUCUCAAUACGUCCCUUUCAAACCUGGAAUCGAAAGAUCAGCGAGUCGUCCUCGACCUCAUUACACAGCUACGGAAAUGUGGCCUAUCCGGUGAUAUCUCCCUCCCCCAGAUGGUUGUGUGUGGUCAACAAUCUUCCGGCAAGAGCUCGCUCCUUGAAGCCCUGACCGAAGUGCCCUUCCCUACACAUGAUGAUGUUUGCACCCGAUAUGCGACGGUCAUUCACAUCCGCAAGGCCGACACAAAGUCUCUUUCCAUCAAAAUAAUUCCGGGUGAUAAUCGCUCGGGUGAUGAAAAGGCUAUGAUUGUUGCGUUCGAGAAGUCUAUUGCGAGCUUCGGUGAAUUGCCAGGCGUAAUGGAGGAGGCGAUGGGUGUGAUGGGUAUCAAGAAGCUGCAAAAGUCUGGCAGAAUUUUCGCAGAAGACGUGCUUAGCAUUGAGGUAGAAGGUCCUGACCGACCUCAGCUCACGGUGGUCGAUAUUCCAGGCCUGAUUGCCACCGCUACAGGAGGAGCUACAGAUGAAGACGUUGCUCUUGUUGAUGCCAUUACCGAUCGCUAUAUCUCCGAACCACGCACAAUAUGUUUGGCUGUAGUGGCUGGUGGGAGUCAUCAUGCCACCCAGACAAUCUUAGAGAAAGUCAAGAAGGUUGAUCCCAAGGGCGAUCGGACAUUGGGUAUCAUCACAAAGCCUGAUCGCAUUGACGGUGAAGGCUCACAACGGGCUUUCCUGGAGCUUGCACAGAAUUUAGACAUUCAUCUAAAGCUUGGAUGGCACAUUAUCAAAAACCGCGAGAAUACGGAAGGUGAUUACACCCUGGAACAACGCAAGGAGUCAGAGGCGAAAUGGAUUUCUGGUUCUGUUUUCAACAUCUUACCAUCUGACCAUCUGGGUAUUGAUGCCUUGAUUAAGCGUCUGAGUCGGGUUUUAUUCGAGCAUAUUCGCCGCGAGUUACCGAAGUUGAAGGCUGAGGUGGAAGGAAAGCUGGAAACCUUUGAGCAGACAUCGAAGCUAAUGGGCAAGUCUCGUUCAACGCCACAACAGUGCAGGACAUUUCUAACUGAAAUGAGCAUGAGAUACUACCAAACAUGCAAGGCCGCCGUCGACGGGCACUAUGAGGGCGGGUAUUUUCACCAAGGCGUUGAAUACACCUCGAAUGAGACAACGAUAUCUCCACGGAUCCGUGCUGUUAUUCAGUCCUUGAACAUUGAGUUUGAAACUGCAAUAAGGAAGCAUGGUCACAAAUAUCACAUCGCUAAUAUGGCCACUCACGAACCAGAUUCAAAUAAUCGUUACUAUGAGAACGAAGAAAACAAUAGCACUAGCACGGGUCUGGAGGAUGGCGAAGGAAGCUAUCGUGAGAAUAAGAGCGGGAACCCAGACAGCAUCUUUGACUUCCAAUGGCCCCGUGCUCCAGAAACCAUGAACAAGGCAGAUGCUCUAGUGUGGGUUCAAAUGAAGAUGAAGUCCACACGAGGAAAGGAACUAGUCGGAAACUUUAACCCUUUGCUUAUUGGAGAGCUUUUCUGGGAGCAAUCAUCCAGGUGGCACAAGUUUGCAGCAGCUCAUGUAGAGCGGGUUGCCAGUAUCUGCGCUGACUUCCUCAAGAAUCUGUUAAAAGCGGAGUGUCCAUCAGAUAUGCAGGAUCAGGUUUGGGAUAUCAUUGAAGAUGCUCUGAAGCUCCGCAGGGAGGCUGCUGAUGAAGAGCUUGCGAAGAUCAAAGAGGAUCUUGAAGAUCACCCAAUAAACUACAACCACUACUACACAGAUACUAUCACUAAGUUACAUCGGGAAGAACAGGAAAAGCUUCUUACGGAAGCUAUCGAAAAUGCCACCAGCUAUAACAAGAAGUUUAUGAAUGCCAAUGUGGAUAUUUCCCAAGCAGUGGCGAGCUUCUCGAAGAGAUCCAACGUAGAUAUGGAGUCAUACGCCAGCGAAGAAGUCCUCAUGUCCCUCAUGUCUCUCUACAAGGUCAAGCAAAAAGUCUUCAUCGACGUCAUCACCGUCCAAGUCAUUGAGCGCCACAUUAUCCGCAGCCUCGAAAAUAUCUUCUCGCCUCUUAUCAUCAGCGAUAUGGCGGACGAGGAGGCACUGAGCGUUGCUGGUGAGGCUGUGGAAGUACGGGAUGAGAGGGCGAGGCUUAGUGUGAUGAUUGGGAAGUUACGGGAGGGCCGUGCUGCAUUUGGGAAGUUGGUGGGCGGCAGGUUGCGUUGA